AUGCCAACAGCAGGGGUUAAGGUCGUCAUACUAACAUCGGGGGUGGAGGUCGGCAUACUAACAUCAGGGGUGGAGGUUGGCAUACUUACAUCGGGGGUGGAGGUCGGCAUACUAACAUCAGGGGUGGAGGUUGGCAUACUAACAUCAGGGGUUAAGGUCGUCAUACUAACAUCGGGGGUGGAGGUCGGCAUACUAACAUCAGGGGUGGAGGUUGGCAUACUUACAUCGGGGGUGGAGGUCGGCAUACUAACAUCAGGGGUGGAGGUUGGCAUACCAACAUCAGGGGUGGAGGGCAUACUGGCAUACUUCACAUCAGGGGUGGAGGUUGGCAUACUAACAUCAGGGGUGGAGGUUGGCAUACUAACAUCAGGGGUGGAGGUUGGCAUACUAACAUCAGGGGUGGAGGUUGGCAUACUAACAUCAGGGGUGGAGGUGGGCAUGCUAACAUCAGGGGUGGAGGUUGGCAUACUAACAUCAGGGGUUAAGGUCGGCAUACUAACAUCAGGGGUGGAGGUUGGCAUACUAACAUCGGGGGUGGAGGUGGGCAUGCCAACAGCAGGGGUUAAGGUUGGCAUACUAACAUCGGGGGUGGAGGUCGGCAUACUAACAUCAGGGGUGGAGGUUGGCAUAAUAACAUCAGGGGUUGAGGUUAUCAUACUGACAACAGGGAUUGAAGUCGGCAUUCUAAUGUCAGGGGUUGAGGUUCUUAUACAAAUAUCAGGGGCUGAGGUCGGCAUUCUAACAUCAGGGUUGAGGUCGGCAUACUAG